ACAAGGUAUUUAUAAGAAUGAUGUGCACGUAGGGAUAGGGCGCUACUCUUAGCUUACGUAUAUUUAAAUGUAGCAACUUACUGCAGUAAAGUUAGUAGACAAAACAGCUGCAAAUAUGACACAGGAUAAACGGGGGAAGCUUGGUGCCAGAACAAAUUAUACCUCAGCAAAGUCAAAAACCUGUGAUCAAAGGGCCAAGAAGAAACUUUCUGCCACUCUGCUGUAAGUCCAGCAUCUUCACUUCUAAGCUGAGGGCAGGGAUGGGCCCCACGACUCCCAGUCCUCGUUGUGUUUCAUCUGGCCCAAGAACACGGCCUGAUCAGAAGCUUGCCACUCUUUCUUUUGGCUCUGACAGCUGUUUCAGUCACAUUGUCCAACCCUAGUUAAAUGGUCAACAUAUUUUUUUAAAACAUACGGUAUAUAUGACUUUUAUAACAGAAGCUGCAUGAAAAGUCCAAAAUCCACACUUGGACAAUACUUUUAUUAGGACCAACAAGUAAGAUGUUACACAAAUUGGGAGGGGGAAGGAAAAACACUAAUCCCCCAACCAAAAUACAUAAAUUAGGCUGGAUGUAGGAGCUAUGAGGUCCUCAGAUUAUAAUCAUCAUCUUAAAUAAGAACUGCAGAUCAUUGGCAUUAUUCCUUUUAUCAAUCUCCAAACACAGAUUAGAUAUCAAUAGAAAAUGUCAAAAAUUGUGUGCUGACUGCCCCAAUCCCCAUCCAUUGCCAUUUUGUUAUGGCUGCACCCUGGCACCUCCAUUGUGAUCUUCUGUUGUGUUUUGCUCUCUCAAGUGAGUCCUGGGGAUAGAGGUUUGAGAACCCCUGAACUAGCACACCUGGGGAAUGGCAAGUAAAAGAGAAAUUCCCUAACCCAGGAGAUCUAGGCCAAAGGUGGGCAAGAUGUGGCCCUUCAAACGUUGCUGUGCUCCAACUCCCCUCAGCCUCAGCCAGCAUGGCCCAUAUGGUCAGGGAUGAUGGAGGGCCAAAGGGCCCCAACCCUAAUGUAUCCCAUCUAUAGAAUAGUGUGACCGGAAAAUAAAAAAUAAACAUGUUAAACCAGGCACUAAUUUCAUUCUGGUGGCGGUGGUAAACAGGAUGAUAGCAUUUAUUUAUUUAUUGGAAGGCAUUUUAUAAUUGAUUUUGAUGUUUUAAGUUGGUUUUGCUGGUAUUUCUGUUGGGCAUUUUAUAUUUGACUUUUAGAAUUGCUCUUUAAAUUGUUGCUAUAUUUUAAUCUUUCUUUUAGCUACUUAAUUUAUUUGAAAACUGGGGUAUAUAUUUAAAUACAUAUCUCUGUUCCUUGCAGGAGCCUUUUGGACACGGAGGACGACCUCUCUAAUAUCCAGUGGGGAUCAGUGCCUUUGGAAGUACAGGACUGGCUGACUGUUACCUUUGCAAGGAAAAAAGAGGCGUACAGUAUCAAACCUGAGGAUCAGCCAAGCAUUCGAACUAUUUCAUAUGCAGUCCAGGCUAGUGUUUUGGUAAAAAGGUAAGCAUGGGCCAUGGAACAAGUAAUGAGCCUAAACUCUGUAGCUCAUGACUGGUGGAAUUAAAGGUGCAUCUAACGCAGUCCCUUCAAGAAAUGUUACAUCCGGAAUCUCAUUCACCAAUUUACACAUACACGUGUUCAUUAUAAGACCAGAAACACAGGGAGUCUGGGGGGCCCAGGACCCCCCAGGAGGCCCAGGACCAGAUGUGAAGCAGCACCAGCAAGCUCACCCAGCGGGGGCUGGAGUGGUCCUCUGCUUCCUGCUCACUCCAGCAGUGGCACAACCAGGGUGGUCUGAGCUGGGGCUGCAGGGAAAGGUGCUGCUUCUUCCCAUUAAACAAAGGAUUUGCGGAGGGAAUUACGGCAGGUGUCGCUGUGACCGAGAAGAUAUUCUCUGUGGCACACUUAAUGGAAUAUGCAAAAUAAGGUCAGAUCGAGAGCUGGUUGUUAACAGCAUAAUGCAGGGGUGGGGAACAUCCCCUCCCACACCAAGAGCCACCAGACCCACACAUCCGUGGGCAUCAGAAUCAUCACAACCCUAAACCCGUUCUCUAUGAAGAGAGAGCGCGGGAGAUUUAGGUGAGGCAAGGCGAGGCGACUGCCUCAGGCAGCAGGAUCCACCAGGGCAGCAGAUCCCCAUGUCUAUCUUUCUUCCUCACUUGCCUCUGAUGCAGGACAAGGAGUUGGGGCUUUUGUCUCCAUCUCACUGCUCACCUUUCCUGAAGGCAAGGGCUCCAAUGCAGCACAUUCGCCCCACUUUCCCAGCCCAGUGAGAACAAGGAGCCUUGAAGUCACAACACACACCAGCAUUAGGCUGGGGGAAAAGCUUCUGUUGCCUCAAGGCUUCUUGACAGACCCAUUUCACUGGGAGGAGGGGCAGCAGGGCAGAACCAUGCCAGCCUCGCAGCAGCCUGAGAAAUGGCCCGGGGGCAAUUAGCUGUCUAUAACGCUUGACGGAGCAGCCCUGUCCAGUUGUGGGGGGCAACAUUUAGAGACCAUCCAGUGAACUUCAUGGCCAUGUGGGGAUUUCCACCAGGAUUGCCUCAUCAGCCCUAGUCCAACCCUCUUCCUGCUUUGCCACAUAGAGUCUCCCCCACUACUUGACUUGACCUACUCUAAGGGUCUUCUUAGAAAAUAAUCUAUGGCUUACAUAUAUUUCAUUUGUUCUCCUAGGAUGUUCCGUACACCCACCAGUGCAAGUGGUUUGGCUUAUCCAGAGAAAGUAAUUGCAGCUUUUAAGGUGAAAGUGGUUUUUAAAAAAUAAUAAAAUAAAAUGGUCUCCUCGGGAGGUGGUGGACUCUCCUUCCUUGGAGGUUUUUAAGCAGAGGUUGGAUGACCACCUGUCAGAGUUGCUUCAUUUCUUAAAUCAAAGAAAGAGAGCAGUACAUGUGAAAAGGAUCUAGGAGUCUUGGUUGACCACAAACUUGACAUGAGCCAACAGUGUGACGCGGCAGCUAAAAAAGCCAAUGCAAUUCUGGGCUGCAUCAAUAGGAGUAUAGCAUCUAGAUCAAGGGAAGUAAUAGUGCCACUGUAUUCUGCUCUGGUCAGACCUCACCUGGAGUACUGUGUCCAGUUCUGGGCACCACAGUUCAAGAAGGACACUGACAAACUGGAACGUGUCCAGAGGAGGGCAACCAAAAUGGUCAGAGGCCUGGAAACGAUGCCUUAUGAGGAACAGCUAAGGGAGCUGGGCAUGUUUAGCCUGGAGAAGAGGAGGUUAAGGGGUGAUAUGAUAGCCAUGUUCCAAUAUAUAAAAGGAUGUCACAUAGAGGAGGGAGAAAGGUUGUUUUCUGCUGCUCCAGAGAAGCGGACACGGAGCAAUGGAUCCAAACUACAAGAAAGAAGAUUCCACCUAAACAUUAGGAAGAACUUCCUGACAGUAAGAGCUGUUUGACAGUGGAAUUUGCUGCCAAGGAGUGUGGUGGAGUCUCCUUCUUUGGAGGUCUUUAAGCAGAGGCUUGACAACCAUAUGUCAGGAGUGCUCUGAUGGUGUUUCCUGCUUGGCAGGGGGUUGGACUCGAUGGCCCUUGUGGUCUCUUCCAACUCUAUGAUUCUAUGAAAGAAAGAAGGAAAGAAAGAGGCCAUUUGUAUUGAUGGCAGAAGUCAUUGGCCAAGAGAGCCUUGUUGGAAGGAUGUGAGGACCUUCUCAAGGGAGCCAGGGGGCCUGCUGUGGCUGGGUGUCCAGAGAAGGAGGAGGUCAUUCGGUUGAGGGAGUUCAUCUCUCUGCAUCUCUGGCUUGUAGGUCUGAGACCCUUCCUGCUCUGAAAUAGGGGUUUCGUUUCUUGUGUGCCUUGAAUCCCGUGAGUCUCCUCGGCAGAGUUAGUGGUGGUGGAUCUGAGAACUUUGCAGCCAUAAAAUGAAGAUCUGUAAUAAACUAUUAUGACCAGCCAUAAGAACACCUAAUAAAUUGCUGUUUUGAUCUCUGUAAACUCCCAUAUCUAUAAGCCAAAUGUGGCAAACAGGUUGUCUUUAUUUAAUGGAAAUUGUAGUUGGAGGAAGAGCCGUUUAUUAUCUACAUGCUUUCAAUAAUCUGCCAUAACUACAUUCAUUGGUAUUACAUUUUUUACUCAUGUGACUUGGGAAACAAAAAUGUUUCCAUUUAUAUUUUUACAUUUUGCAUUUUAUAUGUUGUCCAGGCACCUAGAUUAAGAAAUAAAAGUGCUUUUUUGUGUGUUUUCAAUUACCAACAGGACAUUGAUAAAUGGGAUUUUGAUGUAUUUGCCUUAAAUGAAACUUGUGAAGGGCACAGCUUAAAAUACCUGAUGUGUGAUCUGUUCAACAAGUAUGAUCUUCUGAGACAAUUCAAGGUCAGGAACUUAUCUAGUUAAAUCUUAGUAUGUUAACAAUCCAGUGUUUCCAAACUUUCUUUUAACAGAGCAAAUUCCAUGUUCUUGAAGGGCAAAUUAUAAUACGGCAGCAUCUAAGCAAAUGAGAAAAAAUUAUGAUAGGUGUGAAAUAAAGCACAUGGUGAAGCAAAGGGGCGUGUUCACAGAGUGAGUGUGUGGAGAAGGGGGGGGUUGCCCUGGAGAGAAGUUCCCCUUUCCAGAUUACCCCAGAUUGGUAAAAUCCAAGUUUUGUGUUGGAAAGCUGUGGGCUCCCAGUUGGAUGGAUGACACCUAAAAAAACCAAUGCACAUGGAGCUUCCAAUCUACAUUAAACUCCCAUGUGGACGAGCCCUAAUUCUUGCCUCCAUCUGUCCAUUCCAUGCCAUGGUGCCACCAUGGAUGUUUCACUUGCUUCUGUGCAUCUGCACCGUCCCCUAAUCUGCUCUGGAGGGUUGCUGGAAAGCUAGCAGAGAUCAGGGACGGGGCAAGGGGGGCAGAGAAGAGGGGAAGUCCUAUUGUGAGUGUGGCUGUUGCUUUCCAUGCACAAUGGUUUGGUUGGAAACAACCCAGGAACAUCUCAUUUGACCCCUGAAUGUCUGGACCUAAAUCUUUAGUCUCCUCUGUCACGUCCGAAUGAUAAAUUCAGAAGGGUGUUUGUCAUACAACUGGUCUUGCCAAUGGUUGCAAUAAAAAUGUUUAUUUCCAGUUCUAAGCAUGUCCUAAUUCUUGCCUUCCAUAGAUCCCGAUUACCUGCCUGAUUUCAUUUGCAAGUGCUCUGGAAGUUGGCUACAGCAAGCACCAAAAUCCAUAUCACAAUGUGAUCCAUGCUACAGACGUUACCCAAACUGUGCAUUGCAUAAUGCUUCACACUGGUAUGAUGGUAAGAAAUGCCCUACAGUGAAGGAAAAGAGCAUUUGGGAUUCUUAGGUCCUCCUUUUCUUGACCUAGGAAAGCCUUUUGUUAGAAUAAUUUUAGAAACUCACAUAUUAUAGUUCUUUACUAAGGUCUAUAUUCAUUAUUUACACAUAAGUAGCCAUUUCACUCAUAGGAUAUAGCUGACCCAGAAUCAUAGAAUCACAGAAGUGUAGAGCUAGACAGGGACCCCGAGUGUCAUCUAGUCCAACCCCCUGCAAGGCAGGAAAUAGAAUCUGGGAACCAGUGAAUUAUACAUGGUGUUGCCAUGCUAAUGCAUUGACUCAUGAGAUCAAUGGAAAAACUAAGGCAGAUGAACUUGUGUUAGUGCACAGGAUUCAGGAAGGCUGGCAUAAGAUUCAGGAGGAACCCUAAGUAUACAUUACUCAGGAGCGUCAGGCAUAGACUCCACCAUUGACCCCAGUAUUGUGGGAGGAAGCGGAAGCUGCUUGGCCCACGGGACAAAAUGUGCACCGGGAUCCCAAAUAACCCCCCACCCUGGCAGCUGCUAUUACCACUUAAAAAAGAAAAACUACUAGAGGAGAUUGUAGUAAUAGAUCAUUCUGCAUCAUGUCUAAUUGUUAGUUGCGUGCAGGACAUGACUGACUUUUAAUUCUUCUCACUAGCAUUGGUUCACUGACCUGGAGAUAUUAGCAAUUCUUUUCAGCACAUCAAUCCAUGAUUAUGAACAUACUGGAACUACAAACCAUUUCCAUGUUAGGACAAGGUAAGUCUCUUUUGUCAUUUUCCAGUGUGACCAUUGCAGCUCCACCUAAACUGAAAUGGUAGAACUGAGUGGCUGAAAUAGAAGCAGCUCAGCAGAGCUAGACUGCCCAUCUCUCCCUCUGCUGGAACCAGUGGAGUGCUUGCUAAUAGAUGUCAGAUCCCCAGAGCACAGUGUGAAAACCAGUACUCUAAAAAGUCAACAUUUCCCCCCUAAAAAUGGUAUAUUUUCAUCUCUGGGGAUGACCUGGCACCAGGAAAAAGAAAUGUUCAAUCUGUGACUGUGCAGCCCUUCCUAGGUCUGUUUUGGGUAAUAGGGCUAGUUUUUUUUAUUCUAGGUCAGAAAUGGCACUUUUGUACAAUGAUAAAUCAGUUCUUGAAAACCAUCAUGUGAGUGCUGUUUACCAGCUCAUGCAAAAUGAAGAUAUGAACAUCUUGGUCAAUUUAACCAACGAGGAAUGGAGGUGAGAUAAUAUAGGGGUGCUACAUAAGGUGUAGUGAUGCUUGUGCAGUUACAGGCCUUUCAAGAGUCACUCAACAAUGCUAUGAUUCUAUAAGUAAGGAUUGCCUUUACAAGCACUCCAGAGUUAACAGGGAGACUUUACUAAUUUCCCACCUUUGCAGCUAUGGCUUGUAGGCCAUAAAUGACAAAUACAGUUUUGUAUGUGGGUGGCUUUCCUUCUCAGGGUAGCAGACAGCUUAAUUCAGAUAACUUUGGGCUCUGAAGGAGGGCAGAAUGCAUGGAAAUCCUUGUUUUAGAGAACUCACAGAACUCACUGUUAAGUUGUGGGUGAACAUAUCAGACGACACAGCGAUUCUUCAAACAGCUCUUCUUUAUUCUGAGGCCAGAACUGAACUGAACUGAAGGGCUCAGUCAGCCUGCUUAUAUAGAGCUCCAGUACCUUGUUACUGUAACAACUUUCUAAAACUAUCCAAUCACUGAACGUCACUUUCGAUCCUUCAUUUGCAUACAAACUAUCCAAUCACUGAACGUCACUUUCAAUCCUUCAUUUGUAUAACUAUCUACAGUAUCCCCCUGCUGGCCCAGGGUGAGAACUUCAGUACAUAACACUCACCAUGAACAAAUUAUUUAUGUGCCUUCAGGGAACUGCGCCGGCUGGUCAUUGAGAUGGUUUUAGCUACGGACAUGUCACAUCAUUUCCAGCAAAUGAAAUAUCUGAAACACGUUCUGAAAUGCCUUCAGCAUGUAAAAAGGUUGGUUGUAUUGGGAAGGGUGUGUGCGUGUUGGAAAUCUGAAUUUUUGUUGGUGGUAUGAAUUCUUUAAAUCAUCUCUCAUUUAAUAUGAGAAACAAUCCUACUUUUCUGCUGAAGUAAUUCAAUAAUGCCCUACAUUUGACAGGACAGAUAGAGAUAAACUCAUGUCCAUGAUUGUCCAUGCAGCUGACAUAAGUCAUCCAUCAAAGGCCUGGAAAUUGCAUCAGCAAUGGGCAAAUGCACUAAUGGAUGAAUUCUUCAAGCAGGUACCAUUUUCAAAAGUUCAUUGGUAGGCUAGAUUCCUUUGCAUGUUUGAGAUAGAUAUCAAAUUCAUAUCUUACCUGUCCAGAAAAUCCCAAAUGGCCUAAAACCUUUAUAAAAAAAUAUGCAAGCAAACAUGCAUAAGAUAACACGUGGCAUUUAUUGUUGUAUGUAACAUAACCUACCCUUGUUGCUUGCACCCAUUGUCACAAGAAACCACUGUGAAGCGCUGUCUCAAUUCACAUGCAGUACUAAGCCAAAUCAUGGCUAAGUGGGAACAAGGCAGCGCACACAGAGCGGACAUGGAAGCCACUUCCGUCUUCCCUCUCCCAGAGCUGCUGCCGCCGCCUCAUUGCUCAGGAUGCACCAUGGUUUGGCUUAGCCUUGCAUCUGAAUCCAGGCUUGUCGUUUGUCUCAUGCCAAACAAAUUACAAGCUGUUUGCUUUAGGCUUACUGAGCAUGGUUUCUCUGAGGAGGGACAAACCCAUUUAUGUAAUGCCAAGUGAACGUUUCAGGUUAUGAGCUCUGCUAACCUGGAAGUAGCUGCUCCUGGUUGAGAACUUUGCCCCAGGAUGCAAACGGAAAUCGCGCGCUGGAAGGCCCCAUUAGCGAAAGUGCGCCUCAGGAUAAGAUCAGUUUCAGCUUAAGAAUGGACCUCCGGAACAAAUUAAGUUCGUAACCAGAGGUGCCACUGUAUUACAAAGCUGAAUAAUCUGGCUAAUUAUAGUUGUUCUAAAGCUUCUUCUGCCAACAGCCGAAGCAGCAUCCACUGUAAAGCAAGCAAGACGGGUCUCUCCUGCUGUGCGGCAUACUAGUAACAACCCCAUUGGAAUGCAUUGCUCCCAAAUAGCAGGCUCUGUUGUGGCUAAAAUAUCUUCGGGAGGACUGAUAGGUGUGCCCCCGUCCCUGUAUCUGUACACUUGAGGAUCCCUUCUGUUGUAUUUUAAGGAUAAAUAGGUGUGAUUAACAGCUUGGUAUGAAAGAUUAACACCCACAUGUUUCAAACUCUGUGUCAGAAUUUGAAAAUGUUGCUUUUCAAGAUGAUUGGAGGAGCAGAAUUUUCAACUCUUAGGUUUUUGCUUCACACACUUGCAGGUUGACCCCAGGAAGGCACAAACUGUCCCACACUGUGCUUCAUAUUAAGCAUUUUGGGCAUGUUCAGCCCAAGGUCAAGUAACAGCUGCAGUGAUUCCAUUCUGGCAGUGAAGCCAACAAUAGACAAUUGCAAUGAUUGCAAUGAUUUAUGAGAUUCAUGUGAUUCACCUGCAUUCCCCACACCCCUGCUAUAUGUGGGGACUGGAGGUUUUUUUACUGAUAUUGUGACUGGAGAGAAAAGGCUCAAGCACCACACACUGCGCUCCUGAGGACAAUCGUCCUGUGCCUGGUAUUUAACUUUAUCAAACCCAUGGCGUGGUUGCUGAUUGUGUCAUUUAUAUUAUGUUUCAUUUGGCCCUAUGUCUCCAAAAACAGGAAUAUCUGUUAUGUUAGAGGUUCUCAGACUGUGAUCUGCAGAACAUCGCUGGUCUGUUGAGCUUCAUUCAGGUGGUCCAUGGUUUGUCUGUAGAAAAAUAACUAAAAAUAUUGUGUCAUCUAGUGCAGCGCAUGACAGUUGCUACGACAAGCAGAAAAAAUAUUAAGUGGUCAACCAAGACCCUCAGCAAUUUUCAGGUGGCUUUGUGGCAAGGAAAGUUUGGGAUCCAUUGAUAUGUUAUACCAAAUACUGUAAUGUGUUUAAAUAAGGAAAACACCCUGAAAUAAAGGUUGUCAUUUAUUCCUUAUUGGGACUUUCAUAAACUUGGUAGAAUCUUUGAAAUUCCGAGUGGAGGGCUCACACUGCACUCUCACAAAUAGUGUCUCUUUUUACACAAUUAUAGAUAAACACACACUUAUCUUUUCAUAUUACAUACAUUCUCAGAGUGUAAGGGGUGAUUCAGAUGCAACAAUCUUGUAUAGCCCAUGGUUUUAUUAAGUCAGAAAUGACUAUUGAGCCUACACUCUCCCAUCUCAUUUCUCCUUCCCAUGUACGAGCUUUAAAGCUUUUAUGUUGGUAUCUUUAAGCCACAGUUGCCCAUAAUGUCUGAAACAAGAAACUGUGGUUUAAUGCUGGUUUUCUAAGCAGUGGGAAAUCUGUGGGCCUCCAGCUGAUGUUAAACUGCAAUGCCCAUCAACCUCAGCAAGCAGGCUAAAGAUGAUAGGAUCAGCAACAUCUGGAGGGGAAUCAGUUCCCCACACCUGUUCUAAGCUGCUUCAUAGAAUCAUAGAUUUGGAAGGGACCCCAGGGGUCAUCUAGUCCAACCCCCUGCAAUGCAGGAAUCUCAGCUAAAGCAUCCAUGACAAAUGGCCAUCCAACCUCUGCUUUAAAACCUCCAAGGGAGGAGAGUUCACCGCCUCGCGGGAGUCUGUUCCACUGUUGAACAGCUCUGUCAGAAACUUUUCCCGAAUGUUUAGUCGGAGCCUCCUUUCUUGCUCCUUGAAGCCAUAGGUUCGAGUCCUACCCUCCAGAACAGGAGAAAACAAGCAUGUUCCCUCUCUUCCAUGUGACAGCCCUUCAGAUAUUUGAAGAUGGCUCUCAUAUCUCCUCUGUCUCUUCUUUUCCGGGCUAAAUAUACCCAGCUGCUUCAAGCGCUCCUCGUAAGCCUUAGUUUCAAGAGUUUCAUAUCAAAAUAGAAGUGAAUUUAUUGGAUAUCGUUCACACUGUCUUAUAUCUCUGUGCAUUCUUUCCCCUCCAACUCAGGGAGACAAGGAGGCUGAAUUAGGAUUGCCUAUUUCUCCACUCUGUGAUCGUGGGACUACCAAUAUUGCUGAAACUCAAAUAGGUAAUAUGAGGGAGGGAGCCAAUCUUUAGUCCUUCCUCUCAAUCCUUUUCUUUCUGAAAAACAGAUGUAUGCUUUUCUCCCCCCCCUUUUAAAAAAAAUAUUUUUUAUUAAGUUUUCCAUUUAACAAUCCAAUCAUAUCACAUUAGUUAAUCCAAAUUAUGCCAAUACAUAUCAUAAAAUCCAAAUAUUUUGCCGAAUUUUUAAAAUUUUUGUUGGGGGUACCCAUGCUUCGAGUUCAGUAAGGCUCCAAUCAUCUCAUAUUUCGGCUGCUUUAAAGAUGUAUGCUUUUCUUUCUCACCACAGCAAAACAAAAAACAAAAACAAACAAAUAUGCCAUAGGUGCUAGAAAAUGUCCUGGCUGGAUCACCAUUUCCUGAAGCUCAAAAGCAGAUCCAGAAAUCACAUUAAUCAUAUUAUUAUUAUUAUUGUUAUUAUUGUUAUUGUUGUUGUCAUUAUUAUUAUUCAGUGCUAUGUCCCUUUCACCACCAAACCACCUGACUCGUCAAAUCCCCCACUGCACUGCUUUGUGACGUUUUUAUAAUCCCUUGCAAGCCAUGUGUCCCCUACAACAUCCCAGUCCUGAAUGCCUUUGAGCUUCAUUCGGGUCCUGCCUUUCUUUCAGUUUUAAGCAGUGCAGAUUACUCAGCAGUUUCCAAGCCUACACUACUUCACCAUUUUAAAAAAUAAUAAAUUUUGGCUACUGGUAAACUAUUUCUUGAGGGAGUUAAUUCCAUAGUUAAAUUAUGCACUGUGUGAAAAGUAUUUUCUUUUGUCUGUCCUAAUCUUCCAACAUUCAGCUUUUUUGAUGUCCACAAGCUCUCGUGUUAUGAAAGGAGAAACUUAUCUCUGCCCACUUUGUCCACUGUUUUCAUGUAUGUGUUCUUUGAAUUCUUUAAGGCAUCCCUUAUUGCCUGGCUGUAUUUAUUUUGCCAAAGUUUAUGUUCCUUUUGGUUCUCCUCAUUUGCACAAGUUUCUAAAGGAAAUUUCUUUGCCUCUGAUGAGUUCUUUGACUCUACAGUGGUACCCCGGGUUAAGAACUUAAUUCGUUCUGGAGGGCUGUACUGAACCUGAAACUGUUCUUAACCUGAAGCACCACUUUAGCUAAUGAGGCCUCCUGCUGCUGCUGCACCGCCGGAGCACAAUUUCUGUUCUCAUCCUGAAGCAAAGUUCUUAACCCAAGGUACUAUUUCUGGGUUAGUGGAGUCUGUAACCUGAAGCGUCUGUAACCCGAGGUACCACUGUACUCAUUACAGCACCCUCUUGGUGCUGAUGGUACCUUUCUUAAUCUGUGGUAUAAACGCUUAUGAGAUAAAUGCACUGUUUAUCCUUUUAUUACAACUGUUGUUAAUUUUUUUACAUCAUCAGAUACGGGGUUGCACAUUUCAUGUUGUUUGCUCUGGUGCCUGCUUGGUCUGAUAUAUGCUCACUGGGCUGUGCUUCUCUCCAAACGCCAAACCUGUUCUGACAGAGCUGCACUUCUGCCAGUUUUCUGCGCCUCCUCCACCAGGUCUCCUGCUUGUGGCCUUCAUGCUGGCCUUCGCCACCAAGCUCAACAUUUCCGCUUGAGGCCUGAGCACCCCAGGCCUUUUCCUGCGCUGACUACCGCAGGGCGUCUUGGCCGGCCUCUAAAGUGAACUGGGAGCUACCACUGGGGUUGCAAGCUGUAGGCUGAGCUUUGCCAUGUCUGAAUCCUAUUAAUAGGUCUUGGUGCUUCUAGGAGACUUGGAUAUGCUGAGGGUUUAUGCAAGACAUUCUCGCCACUCUCUCAUUACUUUGGGAGACCAGGCAGGAGAAAACUAGAACGGCUGUGGCAAGACCAGCUGAACUUACCAUAUUGCCCUGGUGCUGACAUGCUAAGCCAGACUUUGACUUAGUGAGCUUGUGGAGAGGAGCUCACAUCCACUUUGCUGCUCCCAGGAUCCCCAAGCUAAGCUAACAUUUGGCUUAGGGUGCUGUCCAAACCGGAACUUGUGGUUAAGCUCCAUCCUUAUUAGCCAUGAUGUCUUAGGUCAGUAUGGAAGCAAAAAAGAAAUGGGAGAAGGCAGGCAGCCUUCACAUGGACUCAGGGCCUGAUUCACACAUGACCCUAAACCAUGUUUAUUAAACCAUAGCUUAGUGUACUACCACUAGAAAUAAUAAUAGUAAUAAUAAUAUUAAUAAUUUAACUUUUGGGGGGGAAACUUGCCUCUUUAGAAUCCUUUCCAGAUAUAUCAUAGUUUUAGCCAAAAUAUCUGCACUCAUCUCAGACCAGGGCUGGAUCUACACAGCUAUAAAAAUGCUAUGAAAAAAAACAUUUUAAAGCUCACAAUGGAAAUGACCAUUGACUUUGGAUUUCAGCUCUACAGAGCUAUCUGAUGUCACAUUGUUAUAACACAUUUAUAACGUUAUAAGUACACUAAUGUAGCUGAGUCCUAGACCCAUAAGCUCUGUACUGAAGAAUGUUUCUUCAUCUAGGACAAGAAAUUGAAGAAUUAUGUCUGGAUGUUUUCUUCUUUUCAGGCUUUAUUGAUGUCAUAGUGAAACCAAUUUUUUCUCUUAUAAUUGAAGCAGCUGAGAAAAUUGUUGAGCCUCUUAUAUAUGAAGCUUUUGAAACUGGAUGUUCCUCUAGCAGAGAUUCUGGGUAUUUUUCCGGGUAUGACUGUUCUUCUUGCUUUUUUUGUUAAUGUUAUCCUUAUUUUUUUACAAAUUGCUCUUGUCACCAUGGUCUUUGAUACUGGCAAGAUAUUAACUCAUUUUCAGUUUUGUUUCAAUAAUUGUUCUUCAUUUAACUCCCCAACCUUUCAUUUUUUUUUAUUUUUUAUUUUUUUGUUCUGUUCAGAGCCCCGUACUUCAUCUAUGCAUGUCUUCUCUUUUCUCCUCCAGGGCUUCCUGAUAGCCCAGUGAGGAAUUUUAAGUUAACACUGUGAGUUUACUGCAUUCCAGUAACUUUCAUGUUUUUGUAAUGUGAGAUUAGUUUUUAAAAUGUUGAAGUGGAGUAAAAUUUUGUUAUCAAUAUUUCACUUAAUUUCCAGUGAAAGGGUGAAUUGGACUCCACUAGCAGAUUGAUAGGUCUUUAAAAAGUCCCGCAAUAGGGGCAUUUGAUUGUCCCAGUGUUCAUUUCUGUUCCUGAAAAAGAGGGCAUUGAUUUUCUCCCAUUAUUAUACUAUAUAUAUUUUCUGGUGUUUUAAAAUAUAUGCUGGUAUACGUUUGAGGAAAGACGCAAACCCCCAAACCCAAGAAAUUAAUGCAUGCCAGAUUCUAACUAAUAUUUGGGAUAGGAAGGGGAAAUGCAAGCUGCCAAAUCCAUGCAAAGCAGCCUGGCCAGGCUAAUUAAGUGUAGCUCCAUUGAGAACCAUUGGCAAUGCAAGAGAACUGUCUUUUCCAGCAGGAGAAAUGGCAGGUUACCAAGGUGAACUAUUAGGAAAUAGUGUCUUAACAUAAGGUUAGGGUUUUUGGUGAGAGAUUUACUGGGGGGAAAGAGGACAAGGGCAGAAUGAUCUUGGCUGCUGACUGGAGAGGUUGCAACCCAGAGCCCGGGGAGCCUGGCUGGCUGCUCUGGACUCCAGCUGGCUGGUGCUCUGAGAGAAGCCGGGGAGACAUGCAGCUGCAUAUCAGUGUAGAAUAAAUGCUACAGCCUCUGCCGUAGCCUGAAUUCACAAUGGGAACAUGACCCUGGGGGAGGCCCUGGAACCCCUGGGUCAUGCUACUGCUUGGUACAGAUUGGGGUGCCAUGUAGCAAUCAGUGCUUUUUUCCAUGCCAAUUUUAGAUGUCAGUUGCUUCUCCAGAACUCUAAAAACCUUAAAAAUUACUUCAACAAUUUCAGCCUGACUCAUUACUUAUGGUUUUCUUUCCUUUUGUAAAGAUCAGGGUCAACUGAAGAUGAAAAUAAACCAAAACUUAGUGGGAACAGUUUUGAAGAGGAAGAAAACUUUAGUCCGGGAAGCGUCAAAAGUGAAAGUGGGACUUGCACAGAGAGAAAUCUCUUAAUUUCAUUGGAUAUAGCAAGCUUUGAAGAACACUUGGUGCAUAAUAUUGAAGCAAACAGAAAAAAGUGGAAAGAGAGCCAGGAGCCCAAGAGCAAAGGUAGGAGGAUCCAUUUCUGCAGACUCUGAGCCCUCCAUGCACUCAAUAACCAUUUCCCACAUUUGUGUCCACGCCAUUCUUGCUGCUCUCAACAAAGUCCUUUGCAGAAGGAAGAGACUGUUUUCUGGAGCAGAACAGAUUGCAAUUUAUAUUUUCCUUCAAUAAAAAUGUCUUACUAUUAUUAAAAACAACUACAAGGUCUUAAUUUGGCAUUUCAAUUCUCCUAGACUAGCCCUAACCGCCUGUCCAAUUAAACAGAAUCAAUACUGGGAACAAUCUCAGCUCAUUGCUAGUCUUAUAUGUAUAACUAUGGGCUGCACCCGAGCUCCCCCCCCUCACCCCCCAUCCCAUAGAGCUCCCCCUUCCCACCCCAUGCAGCUAACUACUAACCUUACUUUUUACCUUCCCAGCCCCAUUUCUGAAGUCACUUCUUUCUCCUCUUCUGCAACACUGCUUUGCACCCAGUUUCCCCUUCACCACGUUUAGGGAAGUUUUUAAUGUUUGAUGUUUUAUCGUUUUUUAAUAUUCUGUUGGGAGCCGCCCAGUUAGAUGGGAGGCAUACAAAUAUUAUUCUUAUUCGGAUGUCCGUGCCUCCUCCCUCUCUUUUUGUGCAAGUUGCCUUCACAAGCCACACCUCGGUAACCUCCCACAUCUUCCUCCUCCCACACAUUGCAACUACUCGGCACACUUGUCACCAUUUUUUCUUAUUCUUCAGACCCUGCCAUGCUCUUGCUUUCAUCUCCAGCCCCAGUCCUAUGUCUCAUACACCCUUGUUUUUUGCAACCGUCUUUAGACCCCUUUUUUCACCUUCACUUUCCUUUUUCCUUCAUCUUCCUCCUCUUCUCAAUUCUCCCUUGCCCACACAUCACCCCCAUUUCCAUGCCUUUUCCUCUUCUUUUGUGCAGCCCUCUUUGCACAGGCACACAGUUAAUCACCUUCCCUUCCAUUUUCCAACUCUCUUGCAUACAAACUGACCCUAUCUCCAUGCUGCCUCCUCUCUUAUUCUGCAGCUCUCUUUGCAUGCACAUCCCCCAUGCUGACACAUGCAAAUUUAUCUUUCAGAUGCAUUUGCAUUAAGAGCAAGCCUGUCAGUUGACCUGUUCAGUUAGAGAAGGUUCGGUUCCCACUGUAUCCAAACAACAAAAGUUUGAGUAAAGCAGGGAAAGAGACCGAGAUGAAUAUAUUUAUGAGUUUGGGUGGGCAGAUUCCCCUUAAAGUCUUGCGUACCAGUUUCUCUCCCAUAAUUUGAGUUAGCAGAUGUAGGAGAUGACUAAAAGUUGAAGUCUUCACCCAGGUGCAAGACAGCUUAGCAGUGUACAAAGGGUGAUUCUGAUACUUUUGUACAUGUAAAAAACAAGAAUGAAAGCCUAAAACGAGUGGUCCACAAAGUGGUUGUGCAUAAACCACAUUUUUAAAAAAAUGAAUAUUGGGAAAUAUUUCAUAAAUAUUUAUCUGUCUUUCUACAGAUGAAAUUAUUUUAAGGGGAAUAUCUUACAUUUCCUUUGUUUUUAGAAUCACCAAUGAAAGAAAGUAACAAGGCCAAAGACAAAGUAAGUAAAGAUAAAAAAGAGGGGGGGAAACCCCAGAAAACAUCAAAGCCCAAACACCAUCCUUCAAAGUCCAAUAAACUUUGUAUUGCACCACAAAGUCCUACCGUUUGCGAUUGUGAGCUUUGCCACAACAGAGCAUUUGAACCAAUGGAUGUCAGCUUCAUCGUUUACAACGCAGGUGCAUCAGAACCGUUUCAGCCACAGCCGGAUGACGAGGUCAUGGAUGUCACAGAAUCAUAUGGUAUUCAAAAUAACUUUUCUAUCCAGAUUGUUGUCUUCAUAGAUCCAUUAUUUUUAUUUUGCACAAAAAUGCAUUCAAUCUAUCCUUAGGUAGUGCGCUCUCUCUCUCUCUCUCUCUCUCUCUACUGUAUAUCACUCCCCAACCAAUUUUCCUUGCAUCCUUUCCCCACAUUUAACAAAUUCCAGUUCUGCAAAACCUCAGAUUUUGCAGCACCAAAUUAAGAGUUUUGUAAUUUGCAUUCAUUCACUCAUUAAUAGAGAUAAAAGGAUUUGUCAGUUUUGGUCCUCUUAGGUUUUGAUUUUUCUGAUCUUAAUUUUGCCACAUUUCUGCAGCAAUUUGAAAAUAAAUCAGCAUUCUAGUGCAAGUGUUAUCUAAUAAACACAUUUUUGUAAUCUAUUUUUAUUAAUGUACAUAUUUUUGCAAGCAAUGUCUCCUAAUAUAAUGCAUUUUCAUUAAUAUAUGCAUUUUUAAUGCACACUUUUACCUAAAUAUGCAUUUUUUAAACAUUGGUUGAUUGGAGAACUGCAUUUCAGUAUUCAGAAAAAUACAAAUUUUUAAGGAUGGUUAUGUUUUGAUUCUCAUAUAGUUUCAGAAAAGGCAAAUUUGAGAAAUUCGGCUUUAAAUGCAAACUGAAUUUUAUUGCUCCCCCAUCUCUAUUCAUUUCAGUAACAGAACCUGUUAUUUUCUGUUUACAAAAGUGUAGCAGGAACUGAUGUAGAAAUCUAGACAUACCGUCUGCAGCUUCCAGAUGAGUGUUGCUUCCUUGAAAAAUUGAGUUCCUGAAUUGGAUUCAUAUUUUCAUGCAGGUUGUCUACAAAGGCACUUGAGAUAAGGGAGGGUAGAUCUGCAUUGAUUAAGCCUCCAAUAAGCCAAAAUUGCAGGCAGUUCCAACCAAUGUUCAUAUGCUUCACAAGUAAUUACAAGAACCCAGUGCUUUUGAUCAAAGACGACAGUGCAUGAAUGUAAUACCUUAUUUUAAAAACAUCACAGUAAUUUAGGAGACAAAUAUUUUAUGGGAGUGGAGUAUUAGGAUCAAGUUCCUAGCACAUGAACAGCAAGCUGAUUAGAUAUUUCCAGUUAUGUUUCUACUUUAAUAUUUUUGCUGGUCUCUUCUAAGGAACUAGUUUAAGGAGUUCCUAGUAAUGCAAAUCCUAAGUUUUUAAUUUUUAUCAAAAGUUGUCUAGAUUACAAGAAUGUAAGCAGAAGUGGCAUUUUCAUUUGAGAAAUAGAAUUUUUCAUUUGAGAAGAUUUAGCUGACUGUCCCUCUUUUUGCAUAUUUGUUUUGUAGAGGAAUUGGUGGAUAAUAAAAGUUCCUGGAGGAAAGCUGCUGGCCAGGAUACAGAUAAAAACAUAUACGAGAUGAGAGGCAUGGUUCCAAAAACAAAACCUCUGCGUCCUAAUGAAAGCGAUGAUGUGAUCAUUGAGGAAUUCAUACCAGAUGAUCCUGAGCCCCCAAAAGAAAGUGAACACCCUGCCGUCCCUGAUCACAAUGGUGCCCAGCUGUCACCUGGUCUUGGCUUUAUGUCAGAGCUAACCAAAAGUGAAGUCGAUUUCUUUUCCCUGUGGAACGGUAAUUGGCCAUUUCUGCUCAGGCUUCAGUGAUGAUUAAUAGGUAGUUUUAGCACAAACCUCAAUGAACCUUCAGCAUUUCACAGAUGAAAAUGGUCACUUAUUGGCUGGUGCCAUUGGUGAACUGUGACAAGCCAACAUCAUACAGGUGGUGGAGGAAAUAGCAGUGCCAACACAACCCAGGCACUGUGUGCCACAAAUAGAGAUGGCAAAAGCAGUACAUUGCACUUAUACAGUGGUACCUAAACCUUAAUCCGUUCUGGAAGUCUGUUCUUAACCUGAAACUUCUUAACCUGAGGUACCACUUUAGCUAAUGGGCCUGCCGCUGCCGCACGAUUUCUGUUCUCAUCCUGAAGCAAAGUUCUUAACCCGAGGUACUACUUCUGAGUUAGCAGAGUCUGUAACCCAAGGUACCACUGUAAUCUCAUUUUACAGUCAAGGAAGACCAUCUGGUGACACAGAAUUCUUAGGAGAAACAAUAAUAGAGUACCUCCCAGCCUAUACAGAGUUCCUUCCACUUGCCAAAAUGACGACAGCUUCUCCCUCCCCUAUGCAUUCCUUCCUGGUUUAAGGUAUGCCCUCAUCAGGACUCAGCCUAGAGUUUCAGUGCCAAGACUGAGUCCUGGAAAAUGGCAGUCCAAUUAUCUGAUUAUGUGGCUUUCAUCACCACUGAAUAACUACAGUUUCUUGCUUCCCCUCAGAAUUCAGAAGGAUGUUGCCUUUCAGCACAUGCAUGGCAACAAAAUUAGAAUUUUUGAUCAUUUUUGACAGUCCUUUCCCUCCACAAAUUCUACAACUGGUUCCCCCUUUUCCCAUCCCUUCUUCUAUCAGUACAACAGACGCGUUGACAAAAUAAAGGUGUGUUUUAAUGACUUCUAAACAUGCUGGAAAAGUGUGUUUUUUAAAUUUUUUAUGUUCAACUUAAUGUUUUAUCAAUGAGCUAAAAAGCAAAAUUUGGAAAUUGAAUAACUCAUUAUUGUAUGAAAAAGAAUAACUGAGAAAGUUAAAAAAACCCUGAACUGAAAUCCUUUCUUCAAAGUAGCAAAACAAAGGAAGUACCAAUCUUAACCAUGUGGGAUACAUGUAAAGCUUGAGGAUGUUCAUAAGUAUUUAUGGAUUAUUCAUACUUUCAGUAAUUUAGUAAGUCAAGACAACAACAGAAAAAUACAAGGACAAAAUGAAUUUGAUUUUGAAAUGAAACGUAAGGAAACAGAAUCUAAGGAACUUUUUUGCAAGUUUUUAAGAGCAAAACAAAAACUGGAAACAGUAGAUACUUAUAAAACGUGUAAAAACAUGUGCAUACUAAACAGAAAUGCUUUGAAAUAGUAGUAAAAACAGGCAGCAUGACCUACAAUACACACACACACACACACCAGAUAUUGGCACUUGAUAGAAACAAUGGUGGUGUACACCCUCAGAUCAGGACCGGCCCACCCAUGAGGCAAGAUCCACUGGGGCAGCAGAUCCUGACAUCGAUCUUUCUUCCCUCUUGUUCCUGUUGUUGAUCUUUCCUCACCCCUUUUUCUCUGGCGAAGAGAGGGGUACCAUUUGACGUCCGUCUCGGAUGCCAUAAUGCCUUGGCCCAGCCCUCCCUCAGGUUCACUAUAUCAGUAUACCUCUCAAGCCCCAGAACUAGGACAAAUAACAUAUUUUUUUAGAAAAGUCUGAAAUUCUGAAAUUAAUAUAUGACGAUGGAAUGUUUCUUGAUGACCCUGACUUGAAACAAGUGAUAUUAGAGACUAAUAAUUUCCUAAAAGUCAGUUGCGUGUCGAGGUCCCCAGGGCCACCCCAGUAACUCACACAUCACACUGAAUUUUUUGUUUAAGGUUUUUGGCAUAAUUUUGGCCAGAACUUCAUUAAAAUACAAAAAUGUGAGUGGUUGCUUAGGCAUUGGUUGCGACUAUCUGCCCCCACCAUGGGGGACAGACUGACAUUCCGCACGAUGCGAAAGUCAGAAAAGGGGAAUACACUUGGGGUAGCAAUGGAGCAGGGAACCUGCCCUCAGCCCUCCCCAAAUGCAACCAGGAGCUCAUUGCUAUGGCCCGAGCCCCCUUGACAGAGUGGACAAGCAGUAGUUAGCCCCCGAUUCCUUUAACGGAGUCCCUUGCAGCAGCAGCAUUAGAGGGGCAGGCACAGCCAAUCCAUGCCCCUCAACCAACCGAACCAUAAACCAAUGCCUAACCGCAACCUUACAAGUUGUGACGAUUUGCUACGCAGUAGGCAAAAACCAAAUAGCCCCAGCCAAUCAGCUAGAUGGACAAAAUUCCUACCGGGCCCCUGCCCCAAGAGCAGACGACCCCAUGACAAGCAUAGCAAGGUCAAAGCGAACAACCCUAAUUCUAGGGAGGGGGGGGACGGGCAAUCCGAUGCACGGGCGAACAGAGGAAGCCCUAGCCUCGUGCAAGGAGUUUUAGCAUUUCUGGCUGUCAAUCAACAAAUGGCAACAUUAACUUCUUCCAACAACAAGGGAAGCUCCAAUCGCAUCAGUGGCCAACGAUCAAUUAGCCCGCCCCCAACUCUGGAGUGUCCUGGUGGCCCCCACCGCAACACGUGCUCUCCAUGAAGGAGAACACGCUUUGCCACAAUUCAACACACAGAAGGAUGAGCAGAUCUCAGCCUUUAAAGCAGAGCUCAAACAUUGAGUUGGAUGAGGAUAAAAAAUGAUGGCAUUGCUAAAUAGCAUGAAAAAACAAAAUUAAACUUUAAUCCCACAUAAAAAUAUUGAAAAGUAACAAUAAAUUUAUUAAAAUGUAACAUUAAAUGGACUCAUCUAUCCAGCUCAAUGCCUGGUCAACAAACUAAUGUGAUAAAUACCGGUAAUUAAUAAAUUAUGUGUAUGAGAAGAGAAAAAAAGCUACAUGUGGAUCAUCUUUUUAAAUGGCAUAUACAGAACCUUCAGCAGCACAUUACAUGCAAUGAAAUAUGUUUAUGUGGAUUUGUCAAACAUGGAUGCUUUCACACAUUUCCAAUAUGCUGUGAUUCACAAACUCUAAGCAUGGUUUUUCCACUAUGUUUUACUCAGAAUAGACCUAAUUUAAAUCAUGUUUAUUAAUGUUAAUAGAUCUACUCUGAGUAACACUUAGUUAAAUACCACCCUCAAUCAGGCAAAAUGCAUGCAAACAUAGUAAUAUAUUCUCUAACAAUAUACUUUUUUCUCCCUCUCUGCAGAAGAAAUUAUGAGACGUGCUGCGGAGCAGCAGAAACAAGACCAAAGCAGAAUGGCUGCUGACGCUGCGUUACAGGUGGCAAUAUCAGCAAAACAAAAUGAGGGUUGUCAAGCAAACUCAGCUGAUCAAAACUUUGUUCUACAAGUAAUCUCUAUUGACACCCCUAUUAUAACAAACAGGACAGAAUCAGGACAACAUUGUGACCCAUCCCAGAAGGAAGUUGCCAAUACUUCUGCCCUAAAGCAAGAUAUCACCACGCCAUCAAAUGCAUGCCAACAAAAUGAAACAACCCCACGUGGAGCUGGAGCCGCAGCUGUAUCUGUCACAUCCUUGAGCUAUGGGGUAUUUAAAAUUCCCCAGUAGAUUAUUGAUCUAACUGGUAGGCUAAGAUUGCACUGUCUUCAAGCUUAACAGAAGCCAAGACCUGAUCAAAUACAAGGCACCUGACUCAGACAUAGAACUUCUGACUGCUGAAUGUUCAAAAGUUAAGGGGGAAAUGCUUAUUGUGAGAUCAGUUGACAGAAAUCUGAAACACGCAUUGGUCGCUACAGAAUAGGUAGAGGUAAUUCUUAAUAAACCUUCUUAUUGGUGGAAAUGAAACCCACCUCUUCCCCUUCCCCUGAAGAUUUUGAGUCUGUGGGACUUUUCAGGAGGCUGAAAUAGAAGUGUGAGAGAAAAUAUACAAGGAGAAGAAAGGCAUGUCAAUGGGAUGGAAUUAGUAGCAGUAUUGUGUGCUAAAGAAACAGAUGUUAAAUAUUUAUCUUGAUACCAUUUUUAGUCAGACUAUAGAGUUUGUGUUUGGGAUGGAAGAAUGGUGAAGGGGCAGAGAAGGGGUAUAAAGAUUGCACAUAUGGUCUUGAAGAGGAAAAAACAACCUUUUCAGGAGCACUUUGAGACUUCCUAGCCAUCAUGCACACUAGGGACCCAUCUCAGGAUCUGGCAAAAUGCACGUGGCAGAGAGAGCACACUCUCAAUCCGGUGUUUUGUUAGGGAAUGUGAUAUGUUGGGGGAGCUCUUACUUGUUCCUUUGAGAUGGACAGAUCAUUGCCUGGUCAUUCCCAGUGCUGGUGAGAAACAUGGAAGAACUCUCCCAGAACAAUUGACUUACAACUUUUCUAAUUUCCUGUGACUCUCAAAUGGUGGCUGUUUCUGUUCCUCUUACACAGCAAAAAACAAACAAACACAAAUAUCUAUUUUCAGACACUGAGAUGUAGGGUGUGGACUUUGUAAGCCUAGCCUAUCAGUGCAGUAAAAUCCUGCAUCCUUAAAAAAAGUCCUCUUAAGGUUUAAAUGUUAUGUUAACUUUGCAGGAAGGGUGUGGUAUACUAUUUUUGUCCAUAGUAAUUUACUAUAGAAUUGCUAUGUUCCUACAUCACAAAGCAUCAAACUAUGUAAAAUAUGAAAC